AUGAGCUGGAGUUUCCUGACUCGAUUACUGGAGGAGAUCUCCAACCACUCCACCUUCGUGGGCAAACUCUGGCUCACCCUGCUCAUCGUGUUCAGGAUCGUGCUGACGGUGGUGGGCGGCGAGUCCAUCUACUAUGAUGAACAGAGUAAAUUCGUGUGUAACACGCACCAGCCCGGGUGCGAGAACGUUUGCUACGACGCCUUCGCGCCGCUCUCGCACGUGCGGUUUUGGGUCUUCCAGAUCAUCAUGAUCACCACGCCCACCAUCAUGUACCUGGGCUUCGCCAUGCACAAGAUCGCGCGCAUGGACGACGGCGAUUACACCGCCCGUAAGCGCAUGCCCAUGGUGAACCGCAGUGCCAACCGCGACUACGAGGAGGCGGAGGACAACGGCGAGGAGGACCCCAUGAUUUUGGAAGAGAUCGAACCUGAGAAGGAGCAAGACAAGGAGAAGGAUGACAAGAAGGUGAAGAAGAAGCACGACGGGCGGCGGCGCAUCAAGCGCGACGGUUUAAUGAAGGUGUACGUGUGCCAGCUUAUCUCGCGUGUCGCGUUCGAGGUGGCUUUCCUUUUUGGCCAGUACGUCCUGUACGGUUUUGAGGUGGCGCCGUCGUACGUGUGCACCCGUAGCCCGUGCCCGCACACGGUCGACUGCUUCGUGUCUCGACCCACCGAGAAGACCAUCUUCCUGAUGAUCAUGUACGCCGUCAGCGCCCUGUGCCUGCUGCUCACCGUGCUCGAGAUCCUGCACCUGGGCAUCAGCGGCAUCCGCGACGCCUUCCACAACCGGGCGCGACGCCAGCAUCGCCACCUGGCUCUCGCCCCCCAGAGGGACCUCAUGUGCAGCACCCGCCACGUGCCCUCGGCGCCGCCCGGCUACAACACGGCUCUGAAAAAGGACUCCGGCAAGCUGGGGGCCAGACCCGAGUACAACCUGGGCGACUCCGGGCGCGAGUCUCUGGGCGAUGAGGCGUCGUCGCGGGAACUGGAACGUCUACGGCGACACCUGAAGCUGGCGCAGCAGCACCUAGACCUGGCGUACCAGAACGAAGAAGGCAGCCCACUGCGCAGCAGCAGCCCCGAGUCCAACGGCACGGCCGCCGAGCAGAACCGCCUCAACUUCGAGAAGCAGGAGAAGCAGGCCAGCUGUGAGAAAGGUACAAAUACCAGUAUAGUGCAGGGGGUCCUGAACCAGCGUGGGUUUGUGUUGGCAUCAUAG